AUGGCUACAGCAACCAGGCGAUCGUCCAGGCUUAGCAGCCUCGCAGAAAGAACAUCGUCUGCGGGCUCUAGACAGACGGCCAACCCUCGUAAACGCAAGCAAUCCCCCGGCGCCACACCGUCAACACCACCUCAGAAACGCCAGCGGCCAGCGAUCCCGCCAGCCCCAACUCCGACUCCCAGUGCGGUUGGUCUGAUGGCUCAUGCUACGUUGACGGCGGAGAGGCCUGCGAAUCCCAUGGUAGCCCGACUGGCGGAUCCCCAAACAACCAAUGCCACAUUGCUGUCGCCCGAGACCUCAAGAGUCAUUACGCACACGAAUGUCACCGCUAUACCUUCAAAACUUCCCCAGCCAAGCACCACUACGGCUACGCUGCUCGAGGAGGCCAAUACACACUUGAUCAAGGUCGAUGAGCGAAUGAGACCACUGGUGGAGAACAACUUUUGUCGAGUCUUCUCUCCUGAAGGACUGGCAGAAGUCAUUGACCCAUUCGAGAGCCUCGCCAGUGGCAUCAUCUCACAACAGGUCUCGGGGGCAGCUGCCAAGUCGAUCAAAGCCAAGUUUGUGGCAUUGUUUGAGGGCGACAGAAGAUUUCCUCACCCUUCUGACGUGGCGCCCUUGCCCAUCGAGAGGCUCCGCACCGCUGGGCUUUCGCAACGAAAAGCAGAGUAUAUCAAAGGACUCGCGGAGAAGUUUGUGUCAGGAGAACUCAGCGCGCAAAUGCUCAACGACGCACCAUACGAGGAGGUCCUCGGACAGCUGAUCGCAGUAAGAGGACUGGGCAAAUGGUCCGUGGAGAUGUUUGCCUGCUUCGGUCUCAAGAGAAUGGACGUGUUCUCACUUGGCGACCUGGGUGUCCAGAGAGGCAUGGCGGCCUUUGUGGGCAAAGAUGUGGCCAAGCUCAAGAACAAGGGCGGCAAGUGGAAGUACAUGUCGGAAAAGGAGAUGUUGGAGCUGUCGGAGAAGUUUGCUCCUUAUCGAAGUCUGUUCAUGUGGUACAUGUGGCGUGUCGAAGAGACCGAUAUCAGUACCAUGGAGUGA